AAUAUUUAUAUUGGAUACACGUUUCCACCUAAAUGUGUCGGUUAAUUUAGUUCCUCUUUGAAAUCCAUAGAUGGCGGUAAAGAGUCGCUUGCCAAACACCAAAGGGCGAGUAGAAGGCGAGUGUGGGCAGGAAGGUUUCGACUUGAACGCGUGUUCUGCAUUAUUUACGCAAAGAAGAAGAACCCUGUCAGGAAGGAAACAGAAGAGCGGUAGCGGAAAUCCUCUCUCUGUUGAUGGAUCCUUUCAACUGACCAAAACAUGGAAAGCCCAGAGUUGACGUUUACUUUAGCAUACACAGUUUGCUCCCUGUGCUUCGUCUUUACGCCCAAUGAAUUUCGUUCGGCCGGUUUGACCAUCCAAAACCUCUUUUCGUCUUGGUUGGGAAGCGAAGAGAUGGAUUUCGUACAGUACCACGUCAAGAGGAGUAGCACUACCCUCCUUGUCCACUCAGCACUUCCACUCGGUUACUACAUGGGGAUGUGUAUCGCUGCUCCAGAAAAACAUCUGAAAUACGUUCACCAGAUGAGUGACAACUGGAGGGUGUUUGUUGUCCUCUCUGUGUGCGUGCUGUUUGCCAGCUGCAUACUCAUCUUCUACUGGUCCCGCCAAGGCUGGUGCAACCAUCCCAUCAGCAGAGCUCUGCAGGCCCAUGUACAUCCUCCUUAUUCAAACUGGGGCUCAGUGGCCAGCAGCAUCAACACAGAGUUCAGACGCAUAGACAAGUUUGCUACAGGGGCACCUGGAGCCAGAGUUAUUGUCACUGACAGCUGGGUGUUGAAGGUGACCACCUACAACAUCUACAUGGCUGCGCAGAAUGACUGUCAUGUGACUGUGACGGAGUCUCGGCAGCACCAGCUGAGUCCUGACUCAACCUCUCCCAUCCAGCUGCUCACCCUGAGAGUGCACAGCAUCAACCCUGCUGUUAGACCAUUUGAUAUUCGGUUGAACUCGACAGAGUAUGGCGAGCUCAGGGAGAAGCUCCAUGCGCCCAUCAGGAACUCCGCUAAUGUUGUGAUACACCAAACAAUUAGUGAACUUUUUCUGGAAACAUUCCAAGCUCAUGUGGACCUCAACCAGCCUUACUCGCUCCCCACUGGACAGGAGGUGGAGCCGUGUAUUGGCUGUAUGCAAGCGCCAGCAAGCACCAAGCUGGUCAGACUCUGUCAUGUAGAUGGAGCUGACGGUGAGCCCGAGUGUGAGCAGUGUUUCUGCAGACCCAUGUGGUGUUUGUCCUGUCUGGGCCGAUGGUUCGCCAGCCGACAAGACCAGCAAAGACCCGAGACCUGGUUGUCCAGUCGAGUCCCCUGCCCCACCUGUCGAGCCAAAUUUUGUAUACUGGAUGUUUGUUUGGUACACUGACGCACACGCACACCCAAGUCCCACUUAUGGCAUCUUCUCGAGAAGAUGAAUUGAUGCUAGCCUGAACAUGCUGUAUGCUUCCUUAUUCUGUUCGCUCAGUAAAGAGAACAGCGAUUCCUAACUUUUUCACUGAACGCCUGUUAGGUGAUAAUUGGAGCGAUGUGAUAAUGACAGAGUCUGACAUUUUCAUUAAAGACGUGGUUGGGAAAUGUCAUGCAGACAAAUGUUGAAGAGAGAUGGCAAUACAGUCGAUGUCAGGAAUGUUUUAUAUUCAGUGCGUACUUGCCCAACUGGCUUGAAAGCAGACAGAAAGUAAAAGUGGUAGCCUUC